AUUUGAGCAAGGUUUCCAUGGUCUUAGAUCCAGAACUGGCACACAUUUGAGAAAUUCACCCUCAGUGUGCCAGCCGUCAGGUCUGUGGCACUAGAGGAGUGUGACAGGUCCAGAGAGUGUUAUGGGAAACAGCUUUUGUUUAUCAUCUGAGACUAAAACGUAAAGUUGCUGAAGAUGAGGGUGCUGAUCCUCUCUCUGAUUAUACUGGCAUCUCUGGGGGCCUUUCAUUGCACCCCUGAUACCACCCUGCUUUCAGCCGACACUCUCAAACGCCUGUCUAUGGAAGGCGAGAAGCUGUUGGAUCAGGAGGUGAGCAAAGCACUGUAUGGAAUCAAACAAAUGAAGGAGGUGAUGGCCAGAAAUGAGGAGAAGCACACAAAUCUCAUGAAGUCCCUCAGGCAGAGUGGGGAGAAGAAGAAGGGCGCAGCAGAGAUAGCCCAGGAGGUAGUAAAAAAGCUGAAUGAAGCUGAACAGCUGUGUAAGGAGUCUCUGAAAUCCUCCUGGGAAGAAUGUCGACCUUGUCUGGAGGAUACCUGUAAGAGCUUCUAUACCAACACCUGUCGCCGUGGCUUUGCCAUCUUCACUAAUAAAUUACAGAACUUCUUCCAAAGACUUAGCUCUCGCUUUGGCCCUCGUGAUCCUCAGGAUAAGAUAGCAUUGAACCAGACUGCGGAGAACUCUGAUCUGGAAGUGGUGAGAAUUGAGGACUCCUUCAGCAACCUGCUCACUAAGGUUGGGACCCUGGUCAAUCGCAGCAUGGUGCUAGUCUCCCAUUUCCACCAUGAGCUAGACCAGGCUCUGCACAAAGCCUUCAGCCCUGAGCUCCAGGAGAACUGGGAGAGCGAUCUGGAGAUCAAGCCUGCAAACGAGACCCUGGAUUCUGCCUACCUACAGGGAGUUGGCCUGGACGAUGUGCUGGAGUCCUUCUUUGACUUUGGCAAAAGUGUGCUGGAGGAGUUUGGGGCAGUGAUCACACAAGUAUUCAGCGACCUACAUGAAACUGUGAAGGAGACAGAGAAAGAGAGAGAGAAGAAAGUCUUCCCCCAGUUCCUGCAUAACAAACGACUUUGCAGAGAUCUACGCAGGCAGUCCUCAGAGUGCUGGCAGUUGCAGAGCAAGUGUGAGGCCUGCCAGGGAACCUUGUUUACUGUACCAGAAUGCCAAAAUGUAAAGGAGCUGCAUGUGGAGCUAGACGAGGCCUCUCAGAUUUUGGAGGUCUCCAAGCAGCAGUAUGAGGAGGUGCUUGGCAUUGUGCAACGUCAUACUGAUGACACUGUUAACUGGCUCAGCAACAUGGCCUCUGACUUUGGUUGGGUGACCGUGCUUGCCAACAACACCACGCCUGAGAGCAUCUUUAGCAUUGCCACGAUGGUGGCACAGCCUGAAGAGGGCGACAACACCCCAUCAGCAGACACUAAAGUGGAAGUGAAUAUCCUGAACUCUCCCACUCUCACCCUGACUGUACCUGCUAGUCUCAAGCUGCGGGAUCCUGCCUUCAUCCAAUAUGUGGCACAGGAGGCUCUGGGCAUGUACAAACAGAUGGCCAGGCAUGAUGAUGUGUAACGAAACUAGAAGUCUAAUUUUCAUCCCAGCACUAAACCGGACAGACCGGUAAUCUCUAUCCUGUUAAAAGCAUGUCUGCUUGUAUUCCAUGCAAUGUUUAGUUCAAAAACAAUGUAUAGUCGAUGUCUCUUUAUGUAUUGUCAUUCAUUUCAGGGUGUUGUCAUGUAGCUCAGAGUAGCUGCAAUUGACUCUUGUCACAUAAUUGGUGUUUAAUGACCUAUAUACGAGUAUGCAUCAGUCCUAUCAGAAAUAUUUCACAUUCUGAUUGUGAACAGGUGUAUUUUAACAACCAUUCCCUAAAAGGGUGAGUAACUUACUUUUAGUGCAAACCAUGUGAUUUACUGGACUUAAUCAAUGUGUUCACUUUGAAAAAAAUAAAGACCAUAAACCUGCAUUCAUUUUUUAUUUAAUUCUCUAGCAGGCUCUCAUUUGGUCACU